AUGUUUACUGCCCUAGGCUUGUGCGGCUCCAACAGUCACAGCGCCAUACGCCCAAAUUGCGACCACUGCCAAGAAGAAGCCUUUUGGCAUGGGCCGCAUGGCCCGGCUGACGCAUGCACCGCGCGCGGGUCUUGCGGUUUGCAGGGCUGUUUUUCCCACACCCUGCACUGGUCGUAUACGGCGGACAAAGCUGGCGCUGAGGAACCGGCUUGGUGCUGCACGGUUCCGGCAGCUUCUGCAGCCUUUGCGGCGGUUCCAAAAGCAGCCCUCGCCUUGCUUCACCUGGCAGCCAUGUGCUAUUUGCCAAAGUGCUUCACGUUUCACUUUUCAAUUAGCACAGCCCGCUUGGCACCUUGGAUGCUGAUAGGCGUAGGCGCUUCGGCCUGUGGGAGCAGCUUGGACUGUGAUGCGGGCAGCAACCAAGGCAGUUGGUUUGUGAACGCGUUGAACCAACCGCCAACGAUGAUGUUAUGUCUUGACUGA